CUCUCUUGAGCCUAUCCAGCUCAGGUCACAUGGUCCAAUGUUUGCUACGUGCCUGAGUUGAUCACUAGAGCCGCGGUGAAGCUGUUAUCACUAAUUGCCGACAGUUCAAAGGUAGCCUAAUCAACGACACCGCGCGCUGGAGAAGAAAUUCACGUCGAUCUAUUUGGAUUGUUUAUCAUAAACCGAUAGAUAUAGACAUCUGUGAAGUGCCUCCUCAUCCUUUCAUUGUAAAAUAUGAUUUCCCCGUGGGACCGAUGGCAUUCCACCAGAUGCUGCCUGUGCUGUCAUGUCCGCACAGGCACGGUUAUCCUGGGGGUUUGGUAUAUGCUGAUCAAUGCGGUGGUGUUGCUCAUCCUCGUCACGGCCCUGGGUGAUCCUGACCAGUACCAUCUGACCAGCGCUGAGCUGGCUAACGACUUAGAUGACAUGGAUGACGCCAACAUGUGUAUUGCUUCAGCGAUCUCGUUGCUGAUGAUACUAAUUUCUGGAAUGGCGACCUACGGUGCAUAUAAGCAACACGCUGCUUGGAUCAUCCCAUUCUUCUGCUACCAAGUCUUUGACUGUGCACUGAACACCCUGGUGGCUGUUAGUAUUGUGGUCUACCCCAACACCAUACAAGAUUACCUCCAACAGCUGCCUGAGAACUUCCCCUACAAAGAGGAUAUCAUGGCCAUGAGCAACGUGUGCCUGGUCUUCAUCGUGCUCCUCUUCAUCGGAUGCAUCCUCACCUUCAAGGCGUACCUGAUAGCGUGUGUGUGGAACUGCUACCGGUAUGUGCGCGCAAGAAGCACCACAGAAGUCUUGAUAUACGUCACUACUAAUGACACCACGGUGGCGUCACUCCUACACGACGCUAAGCCCUCGAUCAGCGCAGAUGGAGUCGCGCUAUCUGACGUACUGUUACCCCCAUAUGACGACACCAUGGCUAUUCCAUCCAAGAACGCUCCUCCCCCCUACGGGGCACCCUACAUAGCAUGAAGAACCUGGGCUGCUGUUCUGCUGACCGACUGGACCCACUUGUUACUACAGCAACCGGACAUUCCAACCAGACCUGAGACAACAAAUAUUACUGGUUUUCUUUCCAAUACACUAUGCAUUUUAUAGUUGGCAUUUGAUAACUGUCACACUGAGUGUGUGGUGUUAGCAGUAUUUUAAUGAAUUUAAAAAUACAUAUAAUUUGACCCAGGACCCAAUACUACUGAUUAUUUCCCCAAAAAUGUAACCUAUACACAUUUACUUACUUACCUGUUACUGUGAUACUGUUUAUUCAUUAUACUGUUUAUUUGGAGUUAUUUAUUUUCACUGAUCUACAGUUGAAAUAUCGAGCAGGAAAGUGAUAUGCAACGGAGUUAAAAUAUGAGGGUGCUAGUAGUGAGUGUAAUAGCGGAUAUAUUUUUAUUGUACUAAGCUGUGCUUGUACAUGUACUCUACUGUCAGUCCUAGUCCAAAGGCCACCCACCAGAAACAUGUUUCCAUAGUCUACGAAGCAAGUACUUGUGAGAGUAUGAUUUAGCCUGGUCCCAGAUCUGUAUGUGCGUUGUCAUAUAUGGCAUGACGAUUACAGUCAGAGGAGUUGGCUAAAGCACACACAGAUCUGAAAACAGGCUAAUGAGGAUUGUGUCCUCGACUCAAAAUGUUUCUUUGUUCUGCCCAUGAUCACUGUUCAUUGUUGGAUUGCCUUUACAAACAACUUCCUUUUGGUAGGGUGCACUGAGAGAAUGUAUGAGGUGUUGCUAUGCGUGGAAGGAUUCCAAAGAUUUAAAGCGCCUGCCUGUAAUCUAACUGACAUGAUUGAAGAGCAGAAGUCAUCUCACCAAGGUACUUGUGUGUUAUUGUUUAGUGUGUAUGGAAAACGGUCAUUAUCCUGAAUUAUUACAACAGGGCUGUGUUCAGUAUUUUAAAGGUUGAGUUUUAUGACUUGUACAUUUGGUCUUUAUAUCUGUGUUGUUUCCAGUAAAGGAAAAAGAGGUGGUCAUGUAUUUUUCAAUUAAGCCAAUGUAAGCAGACCGGUCUGCUCUGCCGGAUGCAGUUAUUGGCAAGCUGUUCCCCAAACGGGGGAUGUCCUCUGAGGACUCAAACUCACAUUUAACCAACUGCAGCAUAAAAAGACACAGAAGUGAUAUUUAUUUGUCUAUUAAAAGCACAUUUCAUUGACA